CCAUUAUCUUAGCUGCUAUUCUCUGAGUUUCAUUUUUCAUGAAACAGGCUGGGUUAAAACACAGGACAGUUUCAUUUCACUGGAAGAGUGUUUAGCUUAACUAAGGAGGAAAAAGGGAGGGACUACUGUUGUGGUGGAGGAAUAAGAAUUUAGGGUAUAAACAACACGAAGCUGGAGCCAAGAGCAAGACCUUUUUUUGCAGUUAAAGUAGAGUUGAGCCAGAUUUUAUUUAUCUAGGUUUUCUAUAAUAUCUUUUCCAACAUGGAUUCAGACUCGGCUAAAGAUGUAAGAAUUGUCCUCCUGGGAAAAACUGGAUCGGGCAAAAGUGCGACAGGGAACACCAUCCUGGGAAAGAAGGCUUUUAUUGACGACUCGUCUCCUUCGUCUGUGACUAAGGAAUGCAAAAAAGCAACUCAUCACCUGAAUGACAGAAAAGUGACAAUCAUUGAUACUCCGGGGAUGUUUGACACAAAGCUCCCUGAGGAAGACUUGAAAAAAGAAAUAGAGAAAUGUAUCAUGCUGUCUCUUCCUGGACCACAUAUAUUCUUGCUUGUCAUCAGUCUCGCUGUACGCUUUACAGAGGAGGAGAAGAAUACAAUCAAGUGGAUAACAGAAAACUUUGGUGAGGAAGUCUUAAAGUACACAGUUGUUGUUUUCACCAGGGGUGACGAGCUCAAAGACACCAUUGAGAUAUAUUUGCAGAAAAGUGAGGAUAUGAAGAAGCUCACUAAUGAAUGUAAUGGUAAAUAUGUUGUGUUUGAGAACAAAAACAUUGAAAAUCGCACUCAGGUGAAUGAUCUAUUUGAGACUAUAGACAAGGUGAUACAAUUGAAUGGAGAUCAUUAUACCAUUGACAUGUACAAUGAGGCUCAGAAGAAACUAUGGCGGUGUUGGCUUCGACAACAAGCGGGAAAUGCAGGAAGUCGCUUAAUGUGGGCAGCAGGAGGAGCAGCUGCAUUUUCAGUUGGUGGUGCAAUGAUGGCAGGGGAAACUGCAGGUUUGUCAGUGGCAAACAUGGCCGCUCUAGGAGGUGAAAUGAUUAUGAGAAAUGUUGGAUGGUUUAUCAGAAGAUGACCUGUUUGUAGUAGAAGAUGACCUGUUUGUAGUCUUACCUAGUGGCUGAGUUUGACACUGCUAAAAAGUGACUGCCAUGCACAUUUUCUUUGUAUUCUAAAAAAAAUAACAAUGAUUUUAAUGUGUUGUCUUCUUUUUGACAAAAUUUUACUUUUAUUCUAAUCAUAAUCAAAAAAGAUUAAGAAUCUUUUAAAUUCAUUAUCACUCAUUUAA